GAGCAGCCGGGAGCCCGGGGACCGGCACCCUGUCUCCGGAUCUCCCCGGAACCCUCAGGUUCGGGUCCGUGUUUCCCUUUCAGCCGCCGGAACCUUUUGAAUAGUACGUUCCAGCCGGAAGUAGUGUUUGGAGGGGUGCGAUUGAACCGGAAGUAGGCGAGUAUUGGCUUCUCACCGGUUCCCCGCGUGUGCCGCGACACCGGGAGCAGCGCGAGGAUGAAGCUGCUGACGCACAACAUGCUGACCUCGCACGUGCGGGGGGUGCGGCCCGGGGGGGGUUUCCCGCUCCGAAUUCAGGCCACCGAGGUGAAAGUGAAUAACGUGGAUUUCAACCAGGAGUUCGUGGCGCGGAUGAUCCCCAAGGUGGAGUGGGGGGCCCUGGUGGAGGCUGCGGAGAGCCUGGGCCAUCUGUCGGACCUGCCCCACGAGCUGCCCCCUGAGUACGAGAACAAUGAGGACUUCCUGAGGAAGGUGCAUCACGUGCUGCUGGAGGUGGAGGUGAUGGAGGGGAUCUUGAAGUGCCCUGAUUCUGGCCGGGAGUUCCCCAUCACCAAGGGCAUCCCCAACAUGCUGCUGAGUGAGGAGGAGACGUGAAGGGCCAGAGUGGCCAAGAUGGGAAUAGGGGUGGGGGAGGGAGUCCCUGGGCUGGGAGGGUGUGGCAGGGGGUGGGGGGGGUUCCACAGGGAGUAGAAGACAUUCUGUGUUCAUUUGGUUUGUGUAUAAAUAAAAUUGUGAGGUGGAACCUGG